GUGUCCUUUCGCGCGGUUUUUCGUGGAUUAUUUUUCAUUGUCAUAUCACUCACAUCCCAGUUUACAAAUGCUUUGACUGAAUCAAGCGCACACCGGCACGAACGUGCUGUUAAUAUCAAGUGUAGGGCCGUAACGUAAUCCGCGUGAAUACACAUUCACACUUUGUUUACUUAUCUAGAAUCUAUGUUACACGACAAAAUAUCAGUCGUCUGUUUACAGAAUGGUUUUUCUUUUUGCCACUUUUUGUGUCAUAAGCUAAAUAAAAAAAGCUUUUGAUCAAUUUCUAAUAAGCCCUGGUGUAAAGCAGUUUUAAUUUUCUUGCAAAACAUACCUCGUUACAUACCUACUCAUAAAAGAUGGGUAUUACUGGUUUAAUUCCAUUUUUGGAAAAAUCAUCUCGAAAAACUAAUAUUUCAGAAUUUUCUGGUGGUACGGUUGCUAUUGAUACUUAUUGUUGGUUGCACAAAGGUGCUUUCUCUUGUGCUGAUAAAAUUAUCAUGGGACAAGCUACUGAUGCAUAUGUCAAGUAUUGUAUGAAAUUUGUUAAUAUGUUACUGGGACACAACAUCAAGCCUAUAUUAGUAUUUGAUGGAAGACACUUACCUGCCAAAGCAGAUACUGAAGUAAAACGACGAGAAAAUAGACAAGCUAAUCGUAAAAGAGCUGCAGAAUUAAUCAAAAUGGGAAAAACUAAUGAAGGAAGAAAUCUUCUUCGAAGGUCUCUUGAUGUAAGUCAUAAAAUGGCUUUGGAAGUAAUAAAAGUUUGUCAGGCACAGAAUGUUGACUGUAUAGUAGCCCCAUAUGAGGCAGAUGCUCAACUUGCCUAUCUUAAUAUCUCUGGAAUAGCUGAUGUUAUCAUCACAGAAGACAGUGACCUAACACUUUUUGGAUGCAAAAAAAUUUUUUUCAAAAUGGAUCUUUAUGGACAUGGGGUUUUAGUGGAGCAAGAACGUCUUCAUUUGGCAAUGGGUUUAACACCCCCAAAUUUCAGUAUUGAUAAAUUUCGUUACAUGUGUAUUUUAUCUGGUUGUGAUUACUUGGCAUCUUUACCUGGUAUUGGAUUAAACAAAGCUUGCAAAUUUAUUGUUAAAAAUACAGAUAAUAACAUUUACAAUGCACUAUUGCGACUUUCCUCCAGCCUUAACAUGAAACAGUUGGUUGUGACACAAGAAUAUCGCGACGGAUUCAUGCGGGCUCUUGUAACGUUUAAACAUCAACUAGUAUUUUGUCCAAUUAGACGAAAACAAGUUCGUUUAUAUGAACCAACUUCUGAAGUUACAACAGAACAACUCGUCCACGCUGGUAGCGAAGUAGACCCUGACAUGGCGUAUCAAUUGGCUCUAGGAAAUCUCGACCCAUUUUCAUUUAAAAAAAUGCAUGAUUUUGAUCCCAGUUUUCUUCGAUCCAGAAAAACAAAUGCUUGGAGUGAUCUUAUGAUUGCAGAACACCCUAGUAUCUGGUCGAAAGAAUAUAAAAUUAAACAAAACAAAGAAAGUCAAUCAAUUGCUCCAGAAAAAAAAGAAAAUUAUUUACCAGCGGUCAUUAAAAGUAGUAAAGGAAAAGUAGGCGUUAUCAAAACUGAUUUCCUGAAAAAAGAAAUAACGCCUCGAAAAAGAACAUAUGAAGAAGCUGAAAUGGAUACGGAUAUGGAUGAUAUUAUCAAUUUGUACAAAGAAACAGCUCGAGAAAAAACGCCUCCGAGAUCAACUAGCACUGCUUCUAUGAAAUCUCCAGUAAACAAAGCAUCGAACAAACAAAGUGAAUCUGCUGCAUCACCGGUUCUCACUCAACGCCGUCGAUCUAAUCCUUUCCGUCGGACGUCCCUCAAACUACCGGAAAGGUGCCGUCUGCGACCUACCGUAAUUGAUAGUUCAGCCAUUCAAUGCAGUAAAUUUUUUGCCCUCAAAAAAGUCGAAAAUGACGCUACCGAAUCGAUGGCAGUUAACGUAGACGAUAAUGAUUUAAAAAAUAAUGUGAAAACUAUGGUUGAGAAUCAAAAGCAAAUGAUCAUACCAGAAACCGAAGAUGUUGAAAUCGAUAUUCCUCCAGUUAAUCCAUUGGAGAGGAGUGUACUAGUUGAAGAUACGCAAGACAUUAGUCCUUUGCUCAAUGAAUGUAAAAAGAAAAAUAUGAAAACAGCUGCAUUUAUACCAGAAACACAAAAUCUUGACAUUUCCAUGGCUUAUCAAGAAGAUAACUGUCACAUUAUACCGGAAACAGAAUGUUUUGAUAGUACACCUAAUAACGCUCCAAACGAGUUGCAUCGCCAAGACAGUGGUUACAAAUCAUUAGAUAUGAGCGUUGAUGAAGAUAAGUCCCAACGGGUACUUGACGAUGCCCUCAUGGAAUCUCAACCAGGACUGAAAGAAGACGACGAGGAUGACGAACUAAUGGUUCUUCGCAUAGUACCACAAGUCUUUGCAGAAGAACGUUCCAGUAUGUUUGCCCAUAAUAGCCCUUUGAAAAAACCUAAAAACAGUCAAAAUUCGUCUGGUUGGAUACAUUCAGGGCAGCAAAAAUCUUGGAAACAAAACUUGAUUAAGACUAAGAAGGAAAAACCGGUUCUUCGAGGACAACAAAGUUUAUUCAACUAUUUUUCCCGAUAAAAUGUUAUUUUUCCUUUUAAAUUAGUUAGUUAAUUGAUUUUCAAAGAGAUUUACUCGAUGGAGAUUAUUUUAUCACGUUUUUAGUUUAUAUGAUAAAUAUAUAAACUUAAGUUUUGGUAAACAGUAUUAUGUUAAAAAAAAGACGUACCUCUACUGGAUAGGGUGAAAAAUACAAACUUUUUGUUAAUUAAGAUUUGUAGCAUAAGAUGUAAUAAGUAUACAUCAUUCUAAAAAUAGCAUUAAAACUGCCAAU